AGAAAAAUAGGGGAAAGAAACAUAUCCAGCUAAAAUAAAGAUGAUUCUCCCCAUUAUCUUCGUCUUUUGCCUCCUCUCCUCCUCCUCUCAAGCUUCUGUGCUAGACUUUUGUGUUGCAGAUUAUGCUGCUCCCAACAAUCCUUCUGGGUAUUCUUGCAAGAAGCCCUCAAAAGUCACUGUGGAUGACUUUGUAUUCCAUGGCCUUGGCGUUCCAGGUAACACCUCAAACAUUAUAAAAGCUGCAGUGACACCGGCUUUUGAUGCUCAAUUUCCAGGCCUCAAUGGCCUUGGAAUUUCCUUGGGUCGUUUGGACAUAGAAAAAGGUGGGGUUAUACCACUUCACACCCAUCCCGGAGCCUCAGAAGCACUUUAUGUUGUGGAAGGUUCAAUUUGUGCAGGCUUCAUUGCUUCUGAUAACACAGUGUUCCUCAGAAAUCUCAACAAGGGUGAUGCUAUGGUGUUUCCACAAGGCUUGCUUCACUUCCAGAUCGACGCUGGCGACUCUAAGGCCCUGGCUAUCGUGACAUUCAGUAGUGCAAAUCCUGGGCUGCAAAUUCUUGAUUUCGCAUUGUUCAAGAGUGAUUUCCCCACUCCAUUGAUAACAGCAACCACUUUCCUUGAUGCUGCGCAGGUGAAGAAGCUCAAGGGUGUUCUCGGAGGCAAAAAUUAAGAGUAUGGUCAUUGUGAGAGACAGGUCUCAAGAUUGUCUCUUUUAAUUUGUUCGAUUCAUAAUUCGUGCCUUGGUUUUCAUCUCUAGGUUAAUCAGGCGUGCAAGCAAACGAUUCUUCUUAACAAGUGGUAGUAGGUUAAGUGGUGAAAGUUUUCUAGUAGUGAACUAUCUAUUUGUCCUUGUACCCAAGAGAAAGAUCAAGAGUCUUUCUUUUGUUAGAUUCUCUUUCCCUCCUCACUUUGGUUUUCAUUUCAGAUUAAUCAGCCUUGUAAGCACUGUAUUCUACUUCGUCAAACUUGUCAAGUUAACGUUGUUGAGUAAUAAAAAAUGUAGCCUAAUGCCUUUUGUUCCCA